AUGUUGGGUCGAGCAGCGGUUUUCGCGCGCUCCUUGGCCCGCGGCCAGGGAGGAUCGAUCGCUGAGAAGGCGUGCAAGCCAUUCAGCACCAGCGCACAGGCAGUGGCCGCCGCGUCAGCUGCCGGCAAUGAGAACACGACCAACGACUCGCUGACGUGGAAGCUGCUGCGCGCCACGGGUGCAGUGGGCGGCGCGGUGUUGGGCGUGGCGGCUCUCGCUGACGUGGCACGUGCUGACGAGGCGGAGCACGGUCUUCACGCUCCCGCGUACCCGUGGCCUCACGACGGCAUCUUCAGCUCCUACGACCAUGCCUCCAUUCGGCGCGGGCACCAGGUGUACCAGCAGGUGUGCGCGACGUGCCACAGCAUGUCGCUUGUCUCCUACCGCGACCUCAUCGGAGUAGCCUACACGGAGGACGAGGUGAAGGCACUCGCGGCCGAGGUGGAAGUGGAGGAUGGACCCAACGACGAGGGGGAGAUGUUCCUCCGGCCCGGGAAGCCCUCGGAUAAGCUCCCGAACCCGUACGCGAAUGAGCAGGCUGCGCGGUUUGCUAACGGCGGAGCUUACCCGCCAGAUCUCAGCCUGAUCAGCAAGGCGCGCCAUGACGGGCAGAACUACAUCUAUGCACUCCUCACAGGCUACCGCGAACCCCCUGCUGGUAUCUCGGUGCGAGAGGGGCUGCACUACAACCCGUACUUCCCGGGGGGCGCUAUUGCCAUGCCCAAGAUGCUCAACGACGGUGGUGUGGAGUACGAGGAUGGCACACCCGCCACGGAGUCCCAGCAGGCUAAGGACGUGGUUACUUUCCUUGCAUGGGCCGCUGAGCCUGAAAUGGACGAGCGCAAGCUGAUGGGCGUGAAGUGGAUCUUCAUCCUCUCACUCGUGUGGCUGCAGGCCAUCUACUACAAGCGGUGGCGCUGGGCGCCCAUUAAGUCCCGCCGGAACUCGUCAGGAGUCAUGGCGGGAAGCGCUGGUCGAGGUCGCUUCCUCUUCGUCUUCCUGAUCGCCCUCGUCGCGUCGGCCGCGCUGCGAAUCUGGCUCGAGCUGCAGCGACAACCGGGUCCGAACGGCGCGAGGGUGGAUCCUUCGCAAUUCCGGCUGCAUAUCAAAGUGCUGGUCUACGAUCGGCCUGACGUGGCAGCUCGAUGCCUGAAAGCGUUAGCGAAUGCAGAGUACGACGGGGAUGUGGUAACCCUAGAUAUUUUCGUCGACCACACGUUUGGUAACCGUUCGGGGAAGUCAGCCUGGACGAGACGAGCUGCGGAUCGGGUUGCAGUGGCUCACUCGUUACUGUCACUGUUGGAUAAAUUCACGUGGCCGCACGGACCGAGGAGUGUAUUGUACCGAUCCCAGAAUAUGGGGAUUCAACCGCAGUGGUUGGAAUCGUGGUGGCCUGAGAGCGUGAAUGACGUGGCAUUUGUGGUGGAGGAUGACAUGGAGGUUUCGCCGCUGUUUUAUCGUUAUUUGAAACGGCUUCUUGGAGUGUACUACUUUAACGCGUCGAAUUUCAACCCGAGCGUGUAUGGGGUCUCCUUUCAACGGCAGUUCUUCAUUGCAGGCUUCAACAGCGGGCUGAACGUGUACGACCAUCCGGACCCCUUUCUCUACCAGCUAGUCGGCACAUGGGGCCAGUUCCUCCUCCCAGCCCCCUGGAAGCAGUUUCGCCUCUGGUACGACAUGCGCCGAUACAAUUCCACGCGAGAACCCUCACUCGACGGGCUAAAAACCACAGUUUGGUUCAAAUCUAAGGGUAAUCGCCUCUGGACACCCUGGAUAAUCAAGUGGGCGUAUGCCAAGGGUAUGUUCAAUCUUUACCCCUCGCCGCCCGGAAAUCUUUCGCUCUCGAUCUCGCACCGGGAGAAAGGGUCGAAUAUGCCGAAGAACCGGGGAGCUGAUGCCGCCCUUUUGACUCCCCAGAAGCUAGCUGCCGCCCUGGCUGCUGCGUCUUCUUCUGCUGCUUCUGCCUCAGCAGGAGGGGCGGCAGGGAGGGGUGCUGCUGGCGCUACAGUCGGAGGGGUGGCAGGGAGGGCUGUAGCAGGAGGGGCGGAUGUUGCAUGGGCGCGGUCGAUCAGGGCAUGGUGGGUCCGGCCGCUGCCGGCAUUACGCAGGUUGGAGCGGCACGACCUGUGUUUCCGGCAGUUACGCUGGUUACCACCUGCGAAAACGCUGGAGGAGUUUCAUUCGCUGCUGAAUGCUGUUGCUCCGGAAAAAUACGUGUCUCUGAUAGUGGUGCCGUUCGACGGUCGAGAUCUCAUCAACAACUGGCUCUGCCACAUCGACGGCUCUGGCGUUUCCAACAUCAUCCUCAUCGUUCCAUGCGCCAGGCUGGCCGCUGAGCUGGCAGCACGGGGCUAUGCUGUCUUCUACCUGCCACCUGUCACCCGUCGCAGGAUCUUGCGACACCUGGAACGGACCAAUGGCGCAGGUGGCUAUAACACAGCAGAAGGCGAGGAGGACGGUGAGGCGGAAGGGGACAGUCGUUCUGGCCACACUAGCAAUAGCAGCAGCAGUGGGGAUGGUAGUGGUGACGGUUCUGGUGAUCCUGGGGUUGUUACUGGCUACGGAGGGGAGGAAGAGGAGGAGGAGGAUGAGCUCCUCGUUUCUCGUCGUGCGAUCCUCGCCGUCGACCAUCGCCGCGUGGGGGCAGCUCGAAAAGUUUUGCGCACGGACCCCGCUGCUGACAAACGUGCUUGCGGGCAGCAUGGUGGUUAA